AUGUCGACUAUGAGCAGAUCUCGUACAAGUCUUUCACCAGCGACCUCUGAAAGAUCUACGCUACCUAUGGGCGCAUCUGCAGAACCUGAAAGCCCAGAAUUCAAACCUCUAGAACCGACAAGGGAGGAGCUGCUUACACAUUUCUUCGAGCGAUUUAAAUUUUACACAUCGCUCUGCCUUGGCACUUCUGCUAUACUCGCUGUCUUUGCCUUUCUAUUUUUAAUACCGUUUGUGGUCGAACCAGCGAUACAAACGAUAUUAGCGGAGUUCGCUCCGGAAGCUGGCAUUUGUGCAGUGUCGAAACAUAUCUACGCUGAGACUUUAACUAAUUGCACUUGGGCGUCGUGUCGGGAAGGCUGUACCAGCACUCAUACGAAAUGUCACAAAAUACGCGUUAACCUAGCCAGAAGACCGUUCGAAGAAAAUAUCCCAGUACCAAAAGAAUGGGAUGCGACGGAUUUAAAGUUUCUGAUCAACCCUGAGGGUUGCGGUUAUCCACCGAGAGUUAAUUGCUCGGAGUUCGCAAGUGAUUAUGCUGGGAAAAAGGCGCCAAAGAUCUUUCCGUGCUACUAUAGCAUGACUCGACCAGAAUUGGUGGUAGCAAGAUAUUCCUGGGAUUCAACUAUUCGUGGUUUAAUCUUGGCAUUGGUGCUGCCAACGACUGUCUUCAUCUUCAGUUUAAGUGUACUCGCAUACUGGCACUGUCAUUGCUGCGACAGGGCUUGUAAUAGGCGAGUGCAUGCUGAAUCCUUUGCGAGUAAGGAAGAUAGCAAACUUCUAUGUGAAUUAGAUGAAGAUCCAAGUGAUGACGUGUUCUGACGCCGAGCGACCACCAUAGCGCGCCGACGUGCCUCUCCCCGUACCGAAGGCUAUACGCAACAUUAAAAAUGAAUUAUUGCAAUUUUAUUAACGUAAUGUUUUUUUUUUCAAAAAUGCAAAAAUACAACACCGCUGCGUAAAUGCGCAAAGCCAAACAAAGCUUUACAAAUUAUUUUUUUAUUUAAAUUAAUAAAAUAUAUUGACAAUUUGUAAUUUAAAAUCACAAUAAAGAUAAACAAAGAACCGUUAAUCUUUUAAUUUAUUAGUCGAUUUUUUUUAUGAAACAAAUAAAAUCCAAAUUAUUAUUUGUAGAAAAUUUUGAUUAUUUUACAGUCUCAGAUAUCAAGCAGCGAAGAUUUGCGAGUAAUAAAAUGUGUAAAAGUUAAAAAAUAGCGUCUCUUUGUUCUAAAUUGGAGCUAGGCCGGGUAGGUUAAGAUCAUUAAGUUAUACUUUGCCUUCAUAUUUGUAUUUAUUAAGAAUGUAAAAAUUUACAUGCUAACGUUUACUCUACAGACAUCUUCUUCAUAUCGUCAUUGACAAACAAACAUUAAGAUUUGUAUUAUUAAUAAUUGACUUAAAAAAUUAAAUGUACAUUUUAGCAAUAAAUAAUAAAAAGUUAUUUCUGAUAAAUUUCUAAGACCGACCUCAAAUGUUCAGAGCGUAUUGUAUUCGUAAUGUGUUUUGUGUAGGAAUUAGCUUGCACGUUAAUAUUUGCAAUAUUUGUAGGUAAACAAUUACAUUUACCGUAACUCAUUGUCAUAGCUACGUAGCAUUCAUAGCUUAGAUAUGUUUUCCGCUCAGCAAUUUGCAAAUUUAUAGAUUAAAAAUCAAUAAGUUAAUUACAGCAAAAAUAUUUAGAACCGCACGUAAGUGAUAGUGAAAUAUAAAUGAUUGUUAGAAUUUGUCGAAUAAAUUUUGUAUCAUAUGUUAUUGACUUAAAAAUGAUUUCAAUUUAUUAAUAAU